AUGACUAGAGGACCCGUUGUUCGAUUUUCUUCAGUUACUACAGGUAUCAAAGCGAAAGUGUGGAUGGACAAUCCAGAAAAGUUCAAAAUAAUUAAGUCGGCAUUUGAUUCAACUAGCAGAUUUGCAAGACUCACAAAAUUACUUGUGCGUAUUGCUGGUCGAUAUCUGUUUAUUCGGUUUACAGCUUCUACGGGUGAUGCAAUGGGCAUGAAUAUGUUAUCCAAAGGAACAGAAAAAUCACUCAAAGUCAUCGGAGGAUACUUCCCCGACAUGGAAGUUUUAAGUUUGAGUGGUAAUUUUUGUUCAGACAAAAAGCCAGCCGCAGUCAAUCGGGUUGAAGGCUGUGAAAAAUAUGUUGUUAGUAAAGCAAUUGUACCUUCAAAAAUUGUCACUGAGGUACUGAAAACUACUGUAGCAGCAUUGAUUGAUGUUAACAUAAGCAAAAACUUGAUGGGAUCACCUAUUGCUGGUAGUAUUGGAGGAAAUAAUGCAAAUGCAGCCAAUAUUGUUACAGCUGUAUACAUUGCUACAGGACAAGAUCCAGCUCAAAAUGUGGCGAGCAGCAAUUGCAUGACACUGAUGGAAGCAUUUGGUGAAGACCUGUAUGUAUCAUGUACAAUGCCUUCGGUUGAGAUUGGUACAGUAGGCGGAGGAACUUCAUUACCUGGUCAAUCUGCGUGUUUGGAAAUGCUUGGCGUACGAGGUGCAAACUCUCUAACCCCUGGGACCAACGCUAAACGAUUAGCACGUAUACUGUGUGCAACAGUUUUAGCCGGCGAACUAUCGCUGAUGUCGGCCCUGACUGCUGGUCAUUUAGUAAAAAGACACAUGAUUCACAAUCGGUCCGCUCCUUUCAUUCAGAAUUUAGAAUCAGAACCAUCCGAAUCAAACAGACUAUUUACACACUGUGUGUCUUGA